ACCUUGACUUGGAAGACACCGAAUUCAAAUGCAGUUUCAACAAGUUGAUCGAGGCUGAGGACGUUGAUGAUGGCAUGCUCCAGGGGACUACAGAAACAGAUGACAUCGACGCACAAAACUAUGUCAAUAUGGAAAUUGGUUUGAGGCGAGGCCAAGAAGGGGAACUACAACGUGCCGUUGUACGCAGGCGAAUUGUUGAUGCAGAAGGAAACCCAAUUGGUGUGGCAAACAACAACCAGUUACUAGACACAAGGCAAUACGAAGUUGAAUACGAAGACGGAGGCACCGAGAUAUUCUCCGCGAAUUUACUAGCAGAAAACUUACUGGCACAAGUGGAUGAACACGGCCACAAACACUUACUGAUGGAAGAGAUCACAGAACACCGUUCUAACGAGAAAGCAGUAAAGAAACAAGACGGUUUUUAUAGCUUGAAGAGUGGAACGCAACGAAGACGACAUACUACAGCAGGUUGGGACUUUUAUGUCACUUGGAAGGAUGGUUCCUCGAACUGGAUACCUUUGAAAGACAUGAAAGAGUCCUUCCCAAUUGAAGUAGCAGACUAUGCAAUAAGCAAGGACAUUCAAGACGAACCUGCCUUUGCGUGGUGGGUACCACACGUUGUUCGAAAACGCACACGAUUCCUUGGCAAAGUCAAAUCAAAGUACUGGGAACGUACACACAAGUAUGGGAUACGUAUACCAAAAUCAAUCAGAGAAGCCAUCGAAAUCGACAAAGAGAAUGGGGACACCCUAUGGCAGGAUUCGAUCCAAAUGGAAAUGAAGAACAAUCGAAUAGCCUUUGAAGAAUUCGAUGGAGACGUAGAGAAGCUGAUGGGGUACAAGAAAAUCACGGGACAUUUGGUAUUUCAUGUGAAAUUGGGAGAAAACUUCCGAAGGAAAGCCAGGUACUGCGCUGACGGACACAAGACUGAAGCACCGGCAGCAUUGACCUACAGUACUGUAGUAUCUCGUGAUUCAGUUCGGAUACUACUCAUGAUAGCAGCGCUAAACGGGUUAGACUUGCAGUGUGCGGACAUACAGAACGCUUUCCUCACUGCACCAGCAAUCGAAAAGUGCUACAUGGUAGCAGGACCCGAGUUUGGGGAAGAAGAAGGAAAGGUUUUCAUUGUAAGAAGGGCAUUAUAUGGUCUAAAAGGAUCAUCAGCGGCAUUCAGGUCACAUCUAGCAGAGACAUUGGAAGAAUUGGGCUUCUGGUCAUCCACUGCUGAUCCUGAUGUUUGGAUGAGGGCUGCUGUUAAACCUGAUGGGGAGGAGUAUUAUGAAUACAUCCUAUGUUACGUCGAUGACAUACUAUGUAUGUCAAUGAACGCCAAAGAAGUAAUGGAAGGAAUUGGAAAGUCGUUUAAAUUCAAGAAAGGGAAGAUUGAACCCCCAGAGAGCUAUCUAGGAGCCAGAUUACGAAAGAAGUCUUUGGACGGAGUCGACAUGUGGACAAUGUCUAGCUAUGACUAUGUUGUGGCAGCCGUCAAGAACGUUAAGGAGACACUGAAAG